GAUUAUUUUUUGCAUCAAAAGUUGUUGUAUUAAUAUCGAAAGAGGCAUGGAAAACGGACUGGAAAACAACGAGUACAACGAUUUUGUACUCGUCCAUAAACCUCAACUAGAAAAAUCAGGAGUUCCACAACAUUUCUGGCAUAGUUUGUAUCUCAAACUAAGUAAUCAGGUUUACGAUGCCGGUGAAAAGUUUAUGCUGACGUACAUGAAUGAUGACGUUGUGGAAGAAUGUGAAGAAGACAACGAUGAGGAACAAACUAGAAAUAAAAUAAAUGAGGAGAAUACUGGAGAAGACAAACCACCAAAGCUGAAAGUUGUUGUGAGUCACGAAGAUGGGUUGUCUUCUUCUCAUGAAGACAGCAUCUUUCUGAUUGACCAUGCUUGGACAUAUCGUUUGAUCGAUGCAAGACAUCAGCUCCAUGAAGUCCCAGGGUUGCUGGCUAGACUGAUGAGUCUCAUGGAACUCAAUAGAACGGCUGAAGACAACGACGAUGCAUGCAUUGAUAGAGUGCUGGAAGAAUCAUGGAAGUACAACCGUACAUACAGCUUAAACAUACAGGGACUGAGUACUGAGGACAAGCAGCCAGUGUGGUACAUUCUGGAUGAAUUUGGGUCACGUAUUCACCAUUCGGAUACUCCAAACUGUCGUCUGGUACCACUCCUCUACGCAUCACAGAACAUUGCAUAUGACCUGCUGUUUCCCUUAAGGCACCUGGAGUAUGGAGAGGACGUAACGGUGGACUUUGCCUUCAAUCAUCCCGACCCACUGAUGCGCCAGAUUCACCUGUUACCAUGGCAACACAGUGACCUAACCCACGUCAGCACAGAGCACCCUGAACCAGACGACGCUUAUCUCUCCCGAUGCUGUAACUACAAAGCUCCUGUAGUAGGUGAUGAAAUCAUCUUACCGGACACCUCUAAGCAGCUGAAGGUCUUUAGUAAUAACUCUCAGGCUUCAAACAAUCUUAAACAUCCAAAGUUUGUGAUUGUUGAGAAAGAGGAAGAGGCGGAUAUUCUCUACGUUUCAAAAAAUAGAGAUUACAGGAAAAUUUCCACCGAGACCCACCAAUUCAUCAGCCAGUUUCCUGGAGAGAAACUUAUCACAACCAAAGAUCUUCUUGCCUUUGUUUCUAGACGAGCAGGAACAAAGGACCAAUCAGGGAGAAGCAUUGGCCCAAAAUGGCUCCCAGUGACCUUUGACCUGCUGCUGGCAUUGCCUCAGUUUGUAUCAUACUUUCAACAACAAAAACAAAAGGGAGCACAAAAUAUCUGGAUUUGUAAGCCGGUUAAUCUAGCCCGUAGUCUGGACACCGUGGUAACCAAUGAUCUGAAUCAUAUCAUCAGACAGACAGAAACAGAUAUUCCAAAGGUUGCCUGUGAGUAUUUGACAGACCCAGUCCUGUAUCUCCGGGAUGGGAUCGGACCAGUCAAAUUUGAUCUUCGUUUUAUCGUUAUGUUGUCAUCGGUGAAGCCGUUAAAACUUUAUGUCUACAAGAUCUUCUGGACUCGAUUUGCUAACAAGCCAUUCUCAUUGGAUCAUCUUGAUGAUUACAACAAACACUUCACUGUCAUGAACUACGUCACAGGAGGUGAAGUUGGAGAUAAUUUCUUUCAGGUGCUUUGGCAUGAGUUUGCCACCAAUUUCAACCAGCAGUUUCCUAGUUACAACUGGGAGGAUACAGAGUCCAAUAUUCAUCAGAUGAUUCUGGAGUUCUUCCAGGCGGCAAUAUUGGAGCCUCCGCCUAAGGGUAUUGCCCACUGCCCAUGGUCAAGAGCUAUGUAUGGAUUGGACGUCAUGCUGAAAUGGGACACCAAUCAUGCUGGAGAGAAAGUCAUGCAGCCUGUUCUACUUGAGUGUAAUUUCUUCCCAGACUGUGAGAGAGCUUGCUGGCAUCGGAAAGAAUUCUUUGACGACAUCUUUAGUACCCUCUUCCUUGGGGAUAUAACGGACCGACCAGUGAAAGAGCUGCACUGAAAUAAAAAACUGAAGUAGUUUACUUUAUUACAGUUAGCUCUGUAUUACUCAGUACUUUUCCGAGUAUAACUGUAUAAUGUUUGAAAGAAUACAUAAUUCUCUUUAACUGUUAUCUCCUGAAUGUAAUCUGUAUUUUGCUAUUUAUCCUCUCACAUAUCACUAGUAAUGGCAGUAUACAAGAAGAUUUCUUCCCUUUCUGGUUUCUAAGCUGUGCCAAAAUUGUGAAACAGUUCUAAGCGCCUGGCAUUUCCCUCUUUGUUGAUCCCCUGUAGUUGCAUGACUGCUAUUUUUAAAACUUCUAACAUGCUACACUGUGAACAUUUUCAUUUUACUUGUUCCCUAUUUCAUAGAGCUGCUUAAGCAAACAGUACUGCUUUUACAGUUUUCUACUAAGCAAAAAUAAGCAGGACACCAGUCACAGAUGGCACUUGUGUUAUCAUUUGACUGGUUAGACAACUCUGUUUAAUUGAAUUUGUUUUGUGCUCAAGCAGCUGUAUGAAGUAGGACCCAGAUGGUCAGAGCAGGGAAUUGUUGGAAUGAAACGCUUAAAGGAACAUUACAAAAAUUGUUUUUGCUAACAAAACAGUUGCUGGCAGUGUAAGCACUUUAUGUAAUCC